UUCCGGCAGACCAUGGCCCACUUCUCCCCCGACGACGAGGUGAUGCUGCAGGAGAUGCUGAGGCAAUUGUUCCAGAGCGUGAAGGAGAAAAUCACGGGUGCUCCUUCUCUGGAGUGCGCCGAGGAGAUCCUGCUACAUCUGGAGGAAACCGAUGAAAAUUUCCACAACUAUGAAUUUGUGAAAUACCUUAGACAAUACAUAUGCAACACAUUGGGGUCUAUGAUUGAAGAAGAAAUGGAAAAAUCUACAUCUGAACAGAAUCGGAGUGAAGAAACUGGCUACGAUACAGUUGUACAAAAUGUUACUAAAAGAACUCAGGAAUCUAAAGAGUACAAAGAAAUGAUGCACUCCUUGAAGAACAUCAUGACCGUCGUGGUGGAAUCUCUGAUGAACAGAUUUGAAGAAGAUGAGCUACGAGUUCAAGAGAAGCAGAAAAAAACCCCAAAGGAGAAAAGCAAUAGUUACUGCACAGACAAUAGCUCUGAUAGUGAUUCUUCAUUCAACCAGAGUUACAAAUUUUGUCAAGGAAAAUUACAAUUGAUUUUAGAUCAGUUGGAUCCCGGGCAACCUAAAGAGGUGCGAUAUGAAGCCCUGCAGACGUUAUGUUCAGCUCCUCCAUCCGAUGUUCUGAACUGUGAAAAUUGGACCACUCUCUGUGAAAAACUCACAGUCUCUCUCACAGAUCCUGAUCCUGUGUUUAGUGACCGGAUCUUAAAAUUUUAUGCACAGACAUUUACACUUUCACCGUUACACAUGACUAAAGAAAUUUACACAAGCUUAGCUAAGCAUCUGGAGUUAUAUUUUCUUUCUAGAGAAAAUCAUAUUCCUACUCUUUUAACUGGUAUAGAUAUUACUAAUCCGAAUGUGACCCGUUUACUUAAAAAGGUUCGUCUUCUAAAUGAAUAUCAGAAAGAGGUGCCAUCUUUCUGGAUUCGUCAUCCAGAAAAGUAUAUGGAGGAAAUCGUGGAGAGCACUUUGUCAUUGUUAUCAGUUAAGCAUAAUCAAAGCCAUCUGGUCUCCCAAAAGAUUUUGGAUCCAAUUUACUUUCUUGCAUUAGUCGAUGCCAAGGCUGUGUGGUUCAAAAAGUGGAUGCAUGCAUAUUAUAGUAGAACUAUACUACUAAGACUUCUUGAAAAGAAAUAUAAAUCUCUGAUAACUGCCGCAGUUCAGCAGUGCGUUCACUACUUUGAAUUAUGUGAGAACAUGAGAGCCAAUGAAAUGUUGAGACAUUCAAAGCAUUGUGGGGAAAAGCAGAAAAAUUUCUAUUACACAGGACCAGAAUUGCAAUAUCUUUAUUUCAUCCACUCACUGUGCCUUUUAGGCAGGUUAUUGAUCUACACACAUGGCAGAAAGCUAUUUCCUAUAAAGUUGAAGAAUAGAAAAGGUUCCAUAUCCCUUAUAGAUCUUCUGGUUCUGUUUGCUCAGCUUAUCUAUUACUCCCCAAGUUGUCCAAAGAUGGCAUCAUCUGCACAUUCAGAGAAUUACUCUCCUGCAAGCAUGAUCUCUGAAAUUCUACGGAUACUCUGUGAUCAGAAAGAAUGUGCAGUUGAGUGCUUAUACAAUAACACACUGCUAGAGGCGCUUCUUCAGCCCAUUGAAAACCUAGUGAAAGGGACUGAGGCUGCUUCAAAUUGUUCAGAAACAGCUUUAAUUCAUAUAGCUGAUAUUUUGACAAGAAUUGCAUCUGUAGAAGAAGGUCUUAUUUUACUUCUUUAUGGAGAAAAUAUGAACUCUUCUGAAGAAGAAAAUCCCACAGGUGCUCACAUAAUUGCCCAGUUUUCAAAGAAACUUCUUGAGGAAGAUAUUCCCAUGUUUUCUGGAUCAGAGAUGUUGCCUAUGGUUACAGGAGCUUUUAUGUUGGUUUGUCGUCAAAUAUAUGGUACAUGUGAAGGCUUGCAGAUGUUAAUUCCUUAUAGUUUGCACGAAUCUAUAGCAAAAGCAUGGAAAAAGGCAAGUUUGCUAUCAGAAAGAAUUCCUACCCCAGUAGAAGGUUCCGAUUCUGUUUCUUCAAUAAGCCAGCAAUCCCAGAACAGCAUGGCUUGGGAAGAGAAUUUAUUAGAUGAUUUACUAAAUUUUGCUGCUACCCCCAAGGGACUACUACUUCUUCAAAGAACAGGUGCUAUCAAUGAAUGUGUGACACUAAUGUUCAACCAAUAUGCAAAAAAAUUACAGAUCAACAGGCAUGAAAAGUUUGGCUAUGGAGUUGUGGUGACUCAGGUGGCAGCAACAGCAGCAGGUGCAAUAGCAUUACAAACUUCAGGGUUUAUUAAUGCACUUAUAACUGAAUUAUGGACCAAUCUGGAAUGUGGAAGAGAUGAUGUUAGGGUAACCCAACCAAGAUCUACUCCAGUGGAUCCUAUUGAUCGAAGCUGUCAAAAGUCUUUCCUAGCAUUGGUGGCUGUGCUUUCCUCACCUGCUGUUUAUGAGCUGGUCAGCAAUCAAGAACUUCCUAAUAAAGCGGAAUAUUCUCUUCGUGAAGUCCCAACAUCCAUUACCGAUAUUAUUGAUAGACUUAUAAUUUUGAAUUCUGAAGCCAAGAUUCAUUCAUUAUUUAACUAUGAACAAUCACAUAUCUUUGGACUAAGGCUAUUAAAUGUGAUAUGUUGUUCUCUGGACACACUUCUCUUACUAGAGGCUCAAUAUCAAGUAUCUGAAAUGUUACUAACUGCACAAGAAGAAAAUAUUUUAGAGACGUCUGAAAACUGCAGAGACUUCAUAAUUGAUGGCUUGUCAGUAGAAAGGAAUCACAUUCUUGUUAGGAUACAUCUUAUUGGUGGGCCAUUAGAACGGAUUUUGCCUCCAAGAACACUAGAACAGGGUUAUGAUCCAUAUCCUUGGCCAAUCUUUUCAUCAUAUCCCUUGCCAAACUGCUAUCUUCCCGAAGUUACAAGACAUCCUGAUAGCAAGCAAGAUAACGAUCUUUGCAAGCUAUUACCAUGCUUUGACAGUUCUGAUAAACAAAUGGAUUGGAUAGAAAACUGCCGAAGACAGUACAGCAAAAUAAUGAAGACCAAACCUGAUAUAAUCAGUGGAACAGCUUUGGCCGAAUUACUUGAGAAAUAUGUGUUUCAUCUUUCUGAAACUUCAUCUGAAUGCUACUUCCCUUCAGUGGAAUAUUCAGCUUCUGAUGCAAAUGUGAAGAACGAAAGUCUUUCAUCCGUGCAGCAGCUCGGCAUUAAAAUGACGGUCAGGUAUGGCAAGUUCCUCCACCUGUUAAAGGAUGGUGCAGAAAAUCAUCUUUCCCUGGUCUUAAAGCACUGUGAACGGUUCCUGAAACUGCAGCAUGCUCCUGGAAAUUUUUCUCUUAUCUGCCUUCAGGCGAGUUACCCUGGCCAUGACUGGUUUGUGUCUUCUCUCUUUAUGCUAAUGUUGGGAGACAAGGAAAGAACGCUCCAGUUUCUUCAGAGGUUCGCCCGACUUCUGGUCUCUGCUUUCCUUUGGUUGCCAAGACUGCAUAUUUCUAGGCACCUACCUAUUGAUACCACAGAAUCUGGCAUCCAUCCGAUAUAUUUCUGCAGCACUCACUAUGUUGAAAUGCUACUCAAGGCCGAGCUGCCACUUGUGUUUUCAGCUUUCCACAUGUCCGGAUUUGCCCCAUCGCAGAUUUGCCUGCAAUGGAUAACUCAGUGCUUCUGGAAUUAUUUAGAUUGGUCAGAAAUCUGCCAUUAUAUUGCUACUUGUGUUUUCCUUGGUCCUGAUUAUCAAGUGUACAUCUGUAUAGCUAUAUUCAAACAUCUACAACAAGAAAUUCUACAGCACACUCAGGCACAGGAUCUGCAGGUUUUCCUGAAAGAGGAAGCACUGCGUGGGUUCCGACUGAGUGAUUAUUUUGAAUACAUGGGAAGUCUGGAGCAGAACUACCGACCAGUGCUGCUGAGAGACAUGUGGAACAUUAAAGUGCACAGCACAUAGAUCAUGGGGACGUGGCUUCAUUUUGUUUCACCGGUUUUUGAAGGAAACCAGGGUAUUUGAUAGUGUCUGUCUGUUUCAAUAAAAAUGCUUGCUUUGUGAAUGCACACAUUGUGACUUCAACCCCGGGAGUGCUUUCAUAUAAUACCACGGAGUGAUCACUAGCUCCGUUUCUGACAAAGUGGAUUUAGUUUGAUGAGUGUGGUGUUUUGAAAGGUGGUGUUCGGAUCCAACUCUGAUUAUGUGCACUGUAGUUGUUAGGGUUAGUUACGAGCUGUCCCUGACUCACAUCUCCUUCUCUACCGGAUGAGAAGAAACAUUUUCCAGUGAGUCUGGAGAGAAGCAAUGUGUUCCAUUGUUGUUUAGUUUGCAGACACACUUGUUUCUUCUUUCUUCUGUUUCCAGACUUGUGUAAAGGAAGAGAGUAAAAACCCCCCACAGCUUAUUUUACAUGCUGAAGAGCAAGUGAUACUUCUCGUGGCAAGUGGUGUCUGCUGACAUCACUGUUUUCUAGGAGUUGGUUUCUGACACCUAUAUCAGUUUUUAAUUUUUCAUCUCAAGUAUAGUUUCUGCAUGGCUCAUUUAAAAGAUAGAUUGGUUAUUCCAUCCCAAUAAGCAUUUUUCUGCCAUUUGUUAUGCAUUUUCCUCAGUUAGAUUUGAUUUGUACUGAACUUGAAAACAUUAAGGAAAAAGAUUUCUAAAUUAUUUCAAAUCAUUAACACUGCUUUAUUUUAUUUGAAUAGAAUUCUUUGCUCCAGUAAGAUUAAUACAUUAUGUGAGGAUUUUUUCAUAUAUCACAGCUGUCACAUGUAAAUAUGAAAGAUAAUAACAAAUAUAUUAAAUUGUUAGUCACCAAUUCAUUUCAUCAAGUUUUGAAACUAUAGCUCUAAGUUGUUAAUAUUCAUUGCUUGUAUCCAAGUAUAAAUCUACUAUUAAAACCAUUCUGAAGCCAA